UGAGAGGUAAACAUCAACGCACGAUUCCGCUGCGAUGAGUGGCAAAAUAGCCUUGUUGUUGGUUAUUGGAGUCAAACUGACCACGGGAGCGUUCGGACCUAAAAUGACGUAAUUGACUGACACAGUACUUCAUUUCUACAGGGACCGUAUGAGAUUGAAAUUUUAAAGAUGGAGCAAUGCGAAGACCCUGGAUCUGGUAAAAUAUAUUUCCCCAGCAGAAUAACUUUUGUUGGGAAAGGCAAAUACUUCUACAAUGAGACCUUCAAACUUGAAGAACCGGUUGAUGAAAACACAAGGGCAGUAUUAGAACUGCAGAAGUGGGGAAACGGCGGAUGGCGGAAGAGGGCGGUUCAGUACACCGUCAAAAACUGUGAAGAUCUCUGGCGAAGAAUUGGAGAUCAGAUUCAUGAAGCAUUUAAGUAUACUAAUCUUACCAAGGACAUCAGUUGCCCCUUCCCUCCGGGGCUCUACGUCGUGAACAACUGGCCUGUAUCUCUAAACCUGACCAAAGUCGUACCAGUCAUGGAGUACGCAAAGUAUAGAUUGGUCGUGAAAUUUUACCAUAAAGAUGAAUACGUAGGUUGUAUGAUGUUUACAGUGAAUAUGGUACCCAAAGAUGCAUAAUAGGGUGUACUAUUGUAAAAUUAUUGAUUAAAAGUUGUUUGCUUUUAUAUUUGUUUGUCCAAUUCUAAUUAAAAAGUGGUUUGCUGUUUUUAUUU